UUUUACUUCUUUAAGGAUGUUGAGGUUAACUUCAUUAAGCAGUAUUUUCUUUUUCUGUCUUGCUUUUAUCACCCAACCUGGUGUUAAAGCAUGGAGCAAAGAGGGUCAUAUGAUGACUUGUCAGAUCGCCCAGGACCUGUUGAAUGAUGAGGCAGCUCAUGCAGUUAAGAUGUUGUUGCCGGAAUAUGUUGACGGCGACUUAUCGGCACUCUGCGUAUGGCCGGACCAAGUCCGGCAUUGGUAUAAAUAUAGGUGGUCAAGUCCUCUACACUUCAUUGAUACCCCUGAUAAAGCUUGCAACUUUGACUAUGAUAGGGACUGUCACGAUCAACAUGGAGUGAAGGAUAUGUGUGUUGCUGGUGCAAUUCAGAAUUUUACCACUCAGCUCUCUCAUUACCGAGAGGGAACUUCUGAUCGUCGAUAUAAUAUGACAGAGGCCUUGUUAUUCUUGUCACAUUUCAUGGGAGAUAUUCAUCAACCAUUGCAUGUUGGCUUUACAAGUGACGCAGGAGGAAAUACUAUUGAUUUGCGCUGGUUUAGGCACAAAUCAAACUUGCACCAUGUGUGGGAUAGAGAGAUCAUUCUGACAGCUGCAAAAGACUACUACGCAAAGGAUGUAGACCUUCUUGAAAAAGACAUUGAAGGAAACUUCACUGACGGAAUCUGGUCCGAUGAUCUUGCUUCCUGGAGGGAAUGUGGCAAUCUCUUUUCCUGUGUCAACAAGUUUGCUACGGAAAGCAUUAGUAUAGCUUGCAAAUGGGGAUACAAAGGUGUUGAAGCUGGUGAAACUUUAUCAGAUGAUUACUUCAAUUCAAGACUUCCAAUAGUGAUGAAACGAAUAGCACAAGGUGGAGUGCGAUUAGCCAUGCUUCUAAACAAGGUUUUCGGAGAUUCUCAAGAAGAUUCAGUAGCACCAACUUAAUUGUAAUUUCUUCGAAUAGAAAAUAAAUUUAAUAAAAAAUGACAAACAUAGUAGUUAAUUUCUUUUUAAUAUUUGACAAAAAAAAAUUACCCGACAAGUGUCGUAUAGUAUGCUCCCCGUAUAACUCGAGAUGACAUAUCUUGUAUCCUGUAAUUACAAAUGUGGAUGUUACUAAAAGUGAAACUACAUUGUCUUAUGUUUCAAUACAAACAGUAAAAUAUUUAUCUUUCCUA